AUGUCUGACGAAAGCAUUUGGCAACUUAUCGGUGGAAAAAGUAAUUUCUGUGCUUUCAAGUUGCCCACCGACACACAAACACUUUGCAAGCAUGAGAACAAUGUCACAGGCAUUUGCGAACAAUCAAGUUGUCCGUUGUCGAACAGUAAAUACGCAACGGUCAGAGAAAUAGACGGCCGUCUAUAUUUAUUUGUAAAAGAGCCGGAACGUGUAAAUCUGCCUGUCCAGGCGUACGAAAAAAUACUUUUGAAUGCUGAGUAUGACGUGGCACUGAAGGAGAUCGAUGAGAUUCUUAAAUACUGGGAUUCGUGGGUAAUACAUAAGUGCAAGCAGAGAUUGGGGAAGUUAACGCAGUAUCUUAUAAGGAGACAUGAGCUGAUGGAGGAAAAGGACAGAAUACGAUAUGUGGCUAGAAGAAAGAAAGCACUAAGAAUUGAAAGGGGAAGAGGUGUAAAGAGCAUAUUGAGAAUGGACAUUGAGAAGGAAGUGAAAGAGGAGCUGUUGUUGAGGUUGGAAGAGGGAUUGUAUGGUGAUGAGCUGAAAUAUGAGUUGGAAAAGGAAUCAGAACAAGAGAAUGUCAGAAAGAGACAAAGAAUUUUUAUUGCUGAGUUCGAAGAAAGCGAUGAUUACUGCGAUAACAAGGCUGUCAAGAGCAAGAGCAAAGAGAAGAUCAAGCUUAGAUGGUGAAAAUGAACGUUAAAGAUAGAAUGAUAAAUAAAUUAUUCCGAAUUUUGCUGUGUCCAAACAUUUCAAUUUGUACAACGAACCAUAACCUUUAAUACGCGUUGUUUAAAAGUCCUAGGAAGAAUAUUCAUUGUUACUCAAG